UACUCCGGAAUUCCGUUGCCGCCGUUUAUAACGCAUCAGUAUCGCAGGUGUCAUCUUUCUCUGUAAUACAAAGUGAAAUUUGACAUUCAUUUACCACAUCACUCCUUCUCCAGGAUUCUGAGGCCAUUAGUUUUCCCAUCGAAGCAACCUUAAGGGUUCAUUAAAAAAUCAAUUAUUAAUCAAUUAUCAAGAAAUCAUUUCAAGAUUACGGGAAGACGAAACGACGAACCAAAAAGUAGAGUUUUUUUGGGUCUCAUGUUAUUAGCGGCGUCGCCGUAUUGAAAAGCUGCAAACAAAGUUGUUACUUUUUAACUGUGAUUUCGUUUUGAGAAUUCUUGUUAUUCAAAAUGUUUGUUUUGAUAAUAGCUACGUAAAUUACGUCAUAAUGACAUCAGAGAUGAUGGGUACCCCGAAGAUGAUUGUGCCGUUCGAGUGGAUUCUGGAGAACGUCGAUGAAAAACCGACCACAAUUGCGUCGAAAAUGAUUUUGUUUCGGGGAGAAAAAGUGUUCCGCGUAGGUUUCAAGAACCUCGCCAAAUCACCCGUUUUGUUUUUCAUGGCAAUUAAUCUCAGCCAUAUCGGAAUGAAAGUAGAAGACGUAAAGUACGGAAUUCAAGGUAGUGGUAGUAGUAGUAGCAUUGGUCCAACAACGAUGAAGGAAAUGAAGAAAGAAGAUAUCGGCGAAGAAGGAAGUCUACAGCUAUUCACCAUUAAACUGGAAGAGAAGGUCCUUGGAAACUGUACGUUUGUGUUUCGAAUUUGCAUCAAAGGAACUGAUCCCGGCUAUUCCUAUAAACUGUGUGAUCGACUUGCCAAGGAUGAAUUAUGGGCUGCUGCUCUGACAAGUCAACAGAAUCUGGAGGACGAUGACCUAAUCGUGAAAGACAAGACAUUUUUCGUUCAUAAAGCCGUCCUUGCUGCCCGCAGUCAAGUGUUUACAGACGAAUUUGAGAAAAUACAAUUGGUAAGAGGCGGUUCUUAUCGGAUCCAAAUAGAUAACGUGGAACCUAAAACUGUGGAGAAAUUCCUGCACUUCAUUUACACGGGCGAGUCGAAAGGAACAUUAGCGGAUGAAGAGUUACUUAAGUUAGCUAUUAGAUACGGACUGGCAACACUGACGAUUUUAUGCCAAGAUUGCCCUGAAAAAAAUUGAUGUCGUGCAAAUGGGUAACUUCAUGAAACAUCUCAACAGCAAUGACGAAGGACUUUCUUCUUCUAAAAUCAUUCCGGAAAAAGAUACGGAAAUAUUUUUUGAUCGAACGACGCCUACCUUUCGAUGCACUUCGCAAUUAUUAUCAACUUAUAAUACCGGACAAUCAAAAUGUGUGAUGCAAUAUCAAAAUGAAAAUAUUUUUAUCGCUUACUUAACUGGGAAAAGAGCUUUAAUCACUAGGCCUUACCACACCCCCUCACUACAACAUCGCAACGAUAUUAUUAGUAAACCUGUGAUUCAUUUAUCAUACGCUAAGCAUCGGCUAAGCAACUUCGGCUUGAAAAUAGAAGAUGCUCAUUGCAACGUACAGGGCAACGACCAAUGGUUAAAAAUGGAAUCGAAAAGUUUUCAGAAAAACAUACAACUGAUACACUUCAACGUACAAUCAGGGUCGAAUUUUGAUUGUAGAGAACAACAUGAACGUCCAGUCAAUUUCGACAUCAAAGUCGUUAGCACGAUCGGCAAUUAUUAUUAUGAAAUUAUGGAUAACGCUUGGUCGACAGAUUUUUGGGCUGCCGCUACAAACCAGAAGUUGACUGAUGUCGAAAUCUUUGUUGGAACUGUUAAAGUGAUGGAAGCUCACCGAGUUAUCCUAUGCGCUCGCAGUCCUGUCUUAAAAGCAACUUUAUUGAGCCAGAUCACUAACACAAAGAAAUCCAUCGUCACAUUUGGGGCGGAAUUUGAUGUUAAAAUUGUGAAACAUUUUUUGAAUUUCCUUUACACCGGCUCUUUGAAGACGAGUGCCAGCGGCCAACAACUUAGUAAAAUGGCCACAAUGUACGAAGUGGAGACUUUGAAAAAUGUGUGCCAGCAGCUAAUUAACGCCAACCCACCGGAUGCAGAAGAACUGACCAACUUUCUUCUUCAGUUAUAAUCGCCGAGGUUAAUUGAGUUGCCCGAGCUGCUAUAUUUCUUUUAUUGAAUAUUCUACAAUUUAGUGUAUCUUGAUUUAGCUGAAAUAUAGAAAUGUAAUGUCUUCUUUUGA